AUGGCUACACAGGGUCAGAUCAUCACCUGCAAAGGUAAAUAUCCGGAUUCUCACCUGAGACAUUGGAUCUCUGUGGCACGUCUAGUCUCGAUCUCACCCUUUUUUCUGUGAUGCGCAAAAAAUUCAAAUUCACAGCUGCCGUGGCAUGGGAAGCAAACAAGCCUCUGGUGAUAGAAGACGUUCAGGUUGCCCCACCGCAGGCCGGGGAAGUCAGGAUAAAGAUUUUGUACACUGCGCUCUGCCACACCGAUGCUUAUACAUGGAGCGGGAAGGUUUGACGAUCUGUUUCACCUAGUCAAUAUGAAUCUCCAGCAUCUUCCUUUGAUGCCGGUUUGAACAUCUCGCAAUAAAUUCUUUGAAGUUUCUUACAGUCGUGUUCGUUUAAAGCCGAUUUUCUUUUACUUGGUACUGUAGACUAGUCAUUGUUAUUUUUUAAAACCGGAAUUACUUUAUGUUUUAGAGCUGGGGAUUCGUGAUAGAAUCUCCUGAUAAUUACCCUGAGCAUGUCUAUCUCUUACAGAUCCCAUCUUCUGCGUUGCAUAGUAGCUGCGAGAUCUUUGACCGAUGUUUGCUUUUUUUGGCGGAACUUGACAAUUCUCUAUACUUUUUAUUGCUUUAGAGUUAUUUCAUUUUUUGCAUAAUGUAAUUAAGAUUUAUUAUGCCUUGUGAUAUAUAAUGCUCAUGAGUAUCUUGUUUCUCUGUUCAUUCUUUAAAGUGUUCAUGUUUCUCAUUAGUGAGUUUAGGAUAAAUAGCAGACAACUUUGGUAGCAUUCUUGGAAAAAGAAAUGUCGAAAGAUGUAUGUCUCAAACGUAAUUGUCCUCAACCAUCCAUGGCGAUACGCGAUUUAUUUUAUGUGCGCUUCCUUACUCUUCUCAUGUGCAUCUUGGGUUUGUUCUUGGUUCUGUAUCAUUAUUUCAUGUUGAAACCUUCCAUUCACUAUUUUGAAAUAUUUCACUGGCUUCCAGGAUCCCGAAGGUCUUUUCCCUUGUAUUCUUGGCCAUGAAGCUGCGGGGUAUGCACAUGCUCUACACACUUGCAAAAGCAAAUUUGAAAAUCGGACUGGAAGCUGAACUUUCUUAGGCUUCUGUUCCCUUGUUUCAUUGGAAUAGUUGUUUAUAUUGGAUGAAGGAAACCAGACCAAAUCAUUGACCAGAAAUUCGAUGGCCUGUUUCUUUUUCCAUCCGUCUGAUGAAGUUUAUUUUAUAAAACUAUCCUUGAAAGUUUCGAAAUUGUCUGUAGCCUAAUACUACCUUUUUAUUCCUAUUUGCCUUAACAGAAUUGUGGAAAGUGUUGGGGAAGGAGUGACUGAAGUUCAACCUGGAGACCAUGUAAUACCUUGCUAUCAGGCAGAAUGUGGAGAAUGUAAAUUCUGCAAAUCUGGAAAGACAAAUCUGUGUGGAAAAGUUCGGGCAGCUACCGGAGUUGGUGUAAUGAUGAAUGACCGUAAAAGCCGUUUCUCAAUUAAUGGCAAACCCAUUUAUCACUUUAUGGGGACAUCAACCUUCAGCCAAUACACGGUCGUUCAUGAUGUAAGUGUUGCAAAAAUUGAUCCAGCAGCACCUCUUGAGAAAGUCUGCCUGCUUGGUUGUGGUGUCCCAACGGGUUAGUCUUGGACCAAUGUUUUAUUUUAUUUGUCACUCCAGUCAUCUCAGGAAACUUGACUUCAGCAUUAGUAUCUCACUAAGAUUAUCUGUUGUUGCGUUACCUCUUCUGUUUGAAGCCAUUGUACUGUAGUUCGAUAAUCAUGGCUAUGAAUCAAACAGUGUGCCUCGAAUUUCAGUUUGAGUACCACGAUUUAGUGACUGAGUGGUUUUUUCUUCGAAUAUGGAUUUCUGUACGAUUUUAAUGAGAAAGGAAGGUUUGAAAAGAGCAUGGAAAUGACAUUGUAUUAUGAUGUCAAGAAAAUGACGUUGUGAUGCUUUUACAAUUUUCAGUUAAAUUUGAUUAUCAGGGUAAUUAAGGUCUUGGCUUUUUUCCAGGACUUGGUGCUGUUUGGAAUACUGCAAAGGUUGAGCCAGGCUCUAUUGUCGCUGUUUUUGGCCUUGGAACCGUUGGGCUCGCUGUUAGUUCACUGAAAACUGCUUGAUUUCCUCCAGUAUUACUGAACCCCUCCCUUUUUAUGUCCUGAUUCAAAACAAAAUUUCGUAUUGUAUAGGUUGCAGAGGGUGCAAAAGCAGCGGGUGCUUCGAGAAUAAUUGGUGUUGACAUUGACAGCAAAAAGUUUGAUAUUGGUAUUCCGUCAUGCUGAAUAGUUGAAUAUUCGUCAUUAUAAAUUCCUUUGCUUAUUCCUUGUGAGGAUUUAUGAAUCAUUUUUGUCCUUUGACACUUGUCACAUAUGAACUACAGGUGCUAACAGCAGAACCGCAGCAUUUGUAUUCUUAAAAAUUCCUAAUCAAUUUUGGAAACGUCUCUUCUGUGGACACAUGUCGUUAAAUUUUGCAUCUGGUUUCCUGCUUUUACCUCUCUUUCAUGUUUAUGCAUACGGAGCCAUUGUUUUCAGUUGGGAGGGAGUAGGAGUGGAGGAGCGAUCAUAUAGAACAUGCAGAUGUAUUUGAUGUGGCUGAAAGUGCUCUUGAAUGGAGAUAGAAUGCCAGUUUGUGUGUAAAAACAGAGGAAUAGAUGAAAAGUGAUUGCCAUUUUGUUGUAGGAGAAAACUUAAUGCGGCUUUAUUUUUUGUGUAGGGUGACGCAGAUCAGCCAGCAGUUUCUCUUUUCCGUUUUCUUGCUGGGAUGGUGGGAAGUAUCCAGAUAAGUGAAAGGAGGGUAGUGAUGAAGAGGUUGCUGUUCUGCUAUUUUUCAAACUGUCAGAGGGGAGAUGCUGAUUGCCAAUUGAUGCUGAGGGAAGAAAGAAGGAUGAAGAACCAACAAAAGGCUGUCAUUCCAUGAGAAAAGACCGAGGGGGAAGAUGCAUGAACUUUGAAACAUGGCACUUGAAGUACUGUGGUUAGAGAGGAUAAUUGGUAUGGUGGUGGAGGAUACCUUAGUUAAGCAAGAAAUGGCCUAGGCCUAAGCUGAUUGUAGCAGGAACAGAUCUGGGCUUAAGAUUGCUGAUUGAAGCAAGGGUAGACCUGAGGGUAUAAUAUCAUUGAUCGAAGCAAGAGGAGACCGAGCCCUGAAAGGGAGCUAGAUGGAGCUAGCGGGGGCCUGGGCUGUUUAAGAUAGCUGGAUGAAGCAAGAGGAGGGUCUGCGCUGUUUAAGAUAGCUGGACGAAGCAAGAGGAGGCCUGGGCGUGUAAGAUAGCUGGAUGAAGCAAGCAGAAUACUCGAGACUUAGAUACCUGAUCGAAGGAGGAUGGGACCUGACCUCAAGAUAGCUGAUAAGAGCAAGAAUAGAUAUAUUUUCGGAGCAAGAAGAGAUCUUGGCCUUUAAUGGCACCCCAAUAGGCAUGCUCGUGUGCAUGAGUAAGGUCGAUGGUUGGGUACUCCCUGAGGCACAGAUUACCAUUGAUGGCUGAGUUAUCACAGCAUGUAGAUUUUUUCUUGAGAUGGGUUGUACUGAAGAUUUUUUUCUCUGAGGCAUAUAUUUUUUAGAAAGAUUUAGAACGAAUCUGUCUGAAUAUUGUGAUGGGGAGAUGUUGCCCACAGUCUCCCUAAUGCGGCCGCUUCUGUGCUGAAGAGGAAGAAGUUGGUAAAAGAAGGUGUCUUAUCGGGUUAAAAGGAGCUGAGGUCGGGGUGAAGACUUGUGAUAACUAUCCGCAUACUCUUUUUGAUACUAAUAUUGGCAUCCUUUUAAACGGUACAUUGCCAAUCGAUGUCCAUCUCAACGUCACUUCUUGAUCCCCGUUAUGCCCAAAAAGGCAUAAAAGAACAGAAAUCUGCUUGCUUCACUUACCUUGCAUUGUUCACGGGCAUCGUUGUUUCUUUCUUCUUCUUCUUUAACAUUUCUAUUCAAAAUCAUGUGAUUUUAUCAUCCAGCUAAUGCGGAUUCUAUUGCAGCGAAGAACUUCGGGGUCACAGAAUUUGUGAACCCCAAGGACCACGACAAGCCGAUCCAGCAGGUCCUUGUCGACCUCACCGAUGGGGGCGUCGACUACAGCUUCGAGUGCAUCGGGAACGUCUCUGUGAUGAGGGCUGCCCUCGAGUGCUGCCAUAAGGUUGCUGUUUCUUCCGAAAACCUCUCCACUUCCAGCCAUGGCGCCUCUCUCUCUCCCUCUCUAUGAUGGAUCUGAUCGAGGGGCCACAUUAAUGAAAAAUGAAUGAAUGAAUGACGCCAGGGUUGGGGGACGUCGGUGAUCGUGGGCGUGGCGGCCUCCGGCCAGGAGAUCUCCACCCGACCCUUUCAGCUUGUCACGGGGCGCGUCUGGAAGGGCACCGCCUUCGGUGGCUUCAAGAGCCGCUCCCAGGUUCCCUGGCUCGUGGACAAGUACAUGAAGAAGGUGCCCCCCCUCUCUCUCUCUACUCCCAGCCCCUUUUUCUCUUAUCAGGACCACCAUGCAUUGAUGACUGCGUUAGAUAAUGACUCAAAUUUAUUAUGCACUUCGUUUAUUGCAGGAAAUCAAGGUGGACGAGUACAUCACCCACAACAUGACCUUGGGGGAGAUCAACGAUGCCUUCCAUCUCAUGCACGAGGGGGUCUGCCUCCGCUGCGUACUUGACGUGCAUGCCUAG